GCGAAAGCACACGGAUGGCGUAAGGACAGUGUUUUUGAUCAGCAGUUCGUUUUCGGGGAAAAUCCGAAACUGCUUUUCUAUUUUGUUAUUUUUCUUGAAAAACAAAAUUUUUUGUUUUCUUCUUCUUCCAGCUAACCUCGAGGGGAGGGUAUAUAUUUUUACGUGGGUGUAGGUGUGUGUGUGGUUGUUGACGAGUGUUUCAUGCCCCGAAGGCGGGUAUAUAUGUAUAAGAAGAAGAAGGAAAAAGAAGGUAGAUAUAUAGCCAAUGCGCCAGCAGUUGUUGUUGAAGAAAGAAACCGAAGGGGGAGAACAAGAAAGAGAGGAAGGGAAGAACGUGAUCUCCUCCAGGCCUCCAACAGACAGCGGGCAACACUCGCACGAACGCCGCGUUCGUAGGCGGUUCGUUCGUAACCUUCGUUCGCGCAUACACAAUUAUAAAAAAAAAACGACCUGCUGCUGCUGCUGUUCCUGCUGUUUAGUGAAUUUUGUUUUGUUUUUAUUCUCCUCGAAUAAUUUUUCGUGCGGAAGGAAAAAAUUCCGAGAGAGAGAGAGAAAAAGAAAAAGUUAUUGAUUGAAAUCGGUCAAAGUUGAUAUACUACCUGGGAUUAUUCCACGUUUUUCCAACGGGGAAAAAUAAACAGCUCACAACUGCGCGCGGGGCCAACACCUUUAAAUUGGGAUUCCAGACACUGAAAAUUAGCAGUCACACACACAGCAGAGUCGCGCAGAUUGGACAAUAACAGCUGCACCCAUCGGGGGAUUUAAAAAGCCAUGGUAAAUACCUCUAGCGCCAUGUCGUCGGAGCGAGCUAUCCCAGACCUGUGGGAUGUGUUCGGAUCGCGGGGCGGAAACGGUGGCCUGGCCGUCCGGCGCAAUUCCUGGCAGAAGAUGCAGAAGCAGCUGAGCGAGGACGAGCGGACCGUCACGGAACUGUUCAACGAUCUUCACGUUCACGCCGAUCUGCCACCCGAGAACAAUCCUACCAAACACAAAAACGCCAGCAACCAUCGCAACAAAACCAACGAGUACAAUGAGCGUAAUAACAUUAGCAACAACCAACAGCAGCAGCAGUCGAACAAUAACUGGGAGCACAUUGAAAAGCACCUGUCCAUGAAGAAGACGAUCCGCAAGAAGAUGAUGCGCGAUUUGCAGCAGGCAUUCAUCGACGGCCAGGAGCCGCCCGACGCGGCCCAAAAGUGGGACAACGUUCAACUGGACGCACACAAAGCCGGCAUCGAACCCAAUUUGCUCGACAUGUUGAAAGAGAAGAAAAGCGAACAGCAAGCGCCCGUAUUACAAUCGAAUAACCCGCCGCCCAAGAAGCCCGGAUUCUGGAAGAAGUUGACCAUGAGGAAAAGCAGCAGCAGUAGCAAACGGUGAUUUCAUUCCUAUAUAAUUUAAAAAUAAAAAAAAAAACAACCACCCACCAUUAAAAAAAAGAAAAAUUUAAAAAACAGAAAAAAGUUACGAAAAAACGAACAAAAAAAUAAGAAGAUAAAACGUUAAGUUGCUAGCAAUUUUGAAAUUCAAAGGAUGAAUGAUUCCAAUCAUCAAUUAGAGGUCGCUAUUAUACAUAAGUUUACAUAACCUGGAAACUAAAGUGACGACGAGGACAACUUGGUGGCCUAUUCUAAUUUUACACGUGUCCAUAAACUCUCCUUCUACACCCUUCUAUA